GAAGACGAAGAGAGCCUGAGCCCGCUGGAACAAGAAGUGCUGGACGAGUAUGCAAGGUUGCUGGGGAAUCUGAACGACAUGUCUACGCUGUUGGCAGAACUCAGCGACAAGCCCAGCGCAGCGAUGCUCGAUGGGCUGAGGGGCCUGGAGAGAAAGACCAGUCUGGUUUUCACGCUGUUGAAGGCGAGUGUGUAUAGUAUCGUCCUGAAUCAGCAGAUUCAGGAUCAUGGGCAGCAAGAGCCAGGGGAGGGCCAGGGG